AUGCCGGGAUCGGUAGUCCGGGACCCGAAUGAAUACCCAACCAGUCUUUACUACCUUUCCACGUUUAUCCAAUUGCCACCCUUUGCACUGAGGAAUUCGAAGGACCAACUUUUAUUUCUCUCUCUCUCUUUUUUUAAAGGGGUUGCAGAUGGUGUUGGUGGCUGGCGAGACUAUGGCGUCGACCCGUCUCAGUUCUCAGGGACUCUGAUGCGCACUUGUGAACGUUUGGUAAAGGAAGGACGGUUUGUGCCUAGUCAUCCUGUGGGGAUUCUCACCACAAGCUACUGCGAGCUGCUGCAGAACAAAGUCCCGUUGCUUGGGAGCAGCACAGCUUGCAUUGUGGUCUUGGAUCGGACAAGCCAUCGUUUGCACACGGCCAAUUUGGGGGACUCGGGCUUCUUGGUCGUCAGAGGCGGCAGAGUGGUGCACCGCUCUGAUGAGCAACAGCACUAUUUCAAUACUCCGUUCCAGCUCUCGAUAGCGCCGCCCGAAGCCGAGGGCGUCGUCUUCAGCGACAGCCCGGAUGCUGCUGACAGCAGUACCUUUGACGUUCAGCUGGGAGACAUCAUUCUGACAGCCACAGAUGGGCUCUUUGACAACAUGCCAGACUACAUGAUCCUUCAGGAGCUUAAGAAGUUAAAGAACUCAAAUUAUGAAAGCAUACAGCAGACAGCAAGCAGUAUUGCUCAACAGGCUCACGAACUGGCGUACGAUCCGAAUUACAUGUCUCCCUUUGCACAGUUUGCGUGUGACAAUGGAUUGAAUGUAAGAGGUGGGAAACCAGAUGACAUCACCGUUCUUCUCUCUAUAGUAGCUGAAUACACAGACUGACCGGCUGUAAUACUCAGCUUUUAAUGACUUGUGUGUCUCCAACUGUUCUCAGCUUCACAUGUACUAUUUCCUGCUGGCAGGAAGUCUUUCUCUGCACCUGACCUCAGUGGCUAAUCACGUGUUACGUCCAUUGCCUGUUUAAGAUGCAGUCAAGACCCCUGUCGCACACCUCAGCUGGAGUACACCUGGGUACAUCUCCAAGCAAGAAAUGAAGAAUUUCAAUACUUGAAGCUUGUCUUUCAAAGCUGACUAGUAGUUAUUGCAUAGAAAGGGGGUGAAGAGGGAGUAACCCUACGUAUGGCUCUGAAGAAAAGUGAGCAAGAAAUAACGUAGAAUUGGCUGUUGGUAGUUCAAAACUAAUUCCAGUGAAGAGAACCUCCGUGAGGUCCCAAGAAGGUAUGGCUAGAAAAAGUCAGUUUUCAUCUGUGGAAGGUCAGAGUGCAUCCCGUAACUGGCUUAACAUGUGGGAAAGAUAGCUGAACCUUGUGUUUGUAGAUGAACUCUCCCCAGGCUUCACAAGCGCAGCGCGCCUCUUGGUCUGUCUCGGUUUUUUUCAACCUCGGCAACUUUAAGAUGGGUGGACUUCGACUCCUGAUUCUGGGAGUUGACGUCCGCACAUCUUAAAGUUGCCAAGGUUGGAAAACACUGGUCUCUGUGGUAUUAGCCAGGAGCUUUGUUACUCAAUUUAAAAUCCAGAAAUAGUUUGUGAAAUGUGGUGUGCAUGUGAGAGAGAGUGUUUGUGAAGGUGCUUAACUGUUAUACCGGUGGAACGUUGGCAUGCUCUUUGUCCACGCAGGGCCCUGCGGUAGCUGGAUUAUCCUUCCAGAAGAUCAUUGUCUAACCCUCUUUCAGUUGCAGAGAAGACACCCGGGGUUGAGUGUUUGGGAUGAGACCCGUGCAGCUAUAACGGGAUUUUGCUGUGGAGCAAAAAGUGACAGCGUUCUGUGCUCCAGGCGUUCCCCUUUGAAUCUGGGGGUCUUUAUGGUGUUUCCAAGAAUCGACUGAGUGUGGUCCCCAGCAGCAGUUCUGGUGCAGGAGCAAAGCUCUGAGUGGGUGGCAUUUAUACUUCAGUAGUUUGUUUGCGUACAGGAUUCCCAGAGAAAGCUAAUGAUGUUUACAGGGCUCUGAUUGCUAAUUGGCAAUAUCGCAGAUCUUUGCAUUUACAUACACUCAGUCCAAUUUCUCAGUAGCUAUAAUUUCCCCUAACCCAUUUUUCUAAGCUUGUGUAAAAAAAACGAUAGCUGUUUUUAUUUAUACAUGCCCAUACAGGUAUGUAUAAAAAUAUUGGUCAGUUUUUCAUAACUUUUUUUGCUGGUAGGAAAAAAGUCCUUAGCAAUGAAAAGCCAUGUUUUAUACAGCAGUUGGUAAUGUUGAUGUUUAGCUGAUAAUCGUGGUGAGUAAAGCAACCAUAUCUUUUAAAAAAAAAAAUGAAAAGGGGGUUUUACUGCCAGGUUUAUUAUAUUAAAACUGUACGUUUGAGGUUACCUCAGCCUGUUUUAAAUAUUUUUUGGUGGUUAUACUGUAUAUUUGCAUAAUUGUGUCAAGCUUUUAUUUAUAAUUACGUAACAUGUACCAUGUACAUGUCACUGUUUCAAUGCAUCCUGCUUCUAACAGGCAUUUCGUUUGCGAUGAUAACAGGCAAAAUCAUAUCGAAGCUCUUCAACCUACCUUUAAAAGAUGGCACGAUUUUUCUUUAAGUCACCUUUCGUUUCUUGUCCAAAUGCCUUAACAACGUAGCUUGAUGAAACUGAUCUUUUUGGGGGGCAUGGAUACAGGGUGGAAUAAAAUGAAAUUAUGAAAAUCAUAUUAGCAUAAAAACGUGGCCCAUUGUAACUUUGUACAAACCAUUUCAACCCCUCAUAUUCCUUAUGCUGAACCAGCCGUACCUAACUAUCUUCUGCUAGAAGUCCUGUAUUAAUAGGUCAGUAUGCAACCUCUUCUCUGCGCCGCUUGAGGAGUAGGUAGCUCUCAAUCUGGAGCUCACGUUUUGGUGGUGUAAUUUCUCGUUUGAGCAAGCCCUGAGGAGCUACUGACUCUCCCCACCUCCAUCCCGUUGUCCCAGGUCUCCCGAGACCAUCGAGCAGGGGCUAUUCCCGCUUCCAUCUCUUCAGCCUUUCUACAGCUGUUGGCUAACUAUGGAGGGGGAAGACGUUUCAGAGUCGGGGACGGAUAAUAAGCCUUGGCGGGUUAUUCUUGGCUUUGUUUCAUUUAGAGCAAUUUCUACUCAAGCAGUAUCUGUAAAGCCAUUUGUUCCUUGGGACGAUUUUCUUACCAAUGGUCAAACUGAAUCUUUAAACCUGCAUCAACUGAAUCCCCCCUUUCUCCCCUCCCUACCCUAGACACCAAAGACCACAUCUAGUUUAUAGCUUUUUGCCAUCUGUUUUUAAAGCAAUACUGUAUUAUAAACAAA